CUGCCAUGGCCGCCGCGGCCCUGGCGCUGCCCCUGGCCGAGCCGCCGUGGCCGCCCAGCCUGGCGCCUCUGAAGGCGGUGGAUGACUUGUUGCGCUGUGGGAUAUGUUUUGAUUACUUCAAUAUUGCAAUGAUCAUUCCACAGUGUUCGCAUAACUAUUGUUCACUUUGUAUACGCAAGUUCUUGUCCUACAAAACUCAGUGUCCAACAUGCUGUGUGGCAGUCUCGGAAUCUGACCUGAAAAAUAACCGGACAUUAGAUGAACUAGUUAAAAGCUUUAAUUCUGCAAGACAACAGCUGUUCCAGUUGGUCAUGGAUACUCCAGUCAUUUCUUCUCCAUUGGCCUGUAGCAGACAAUCAACUGGCAAAAGCCAUGUUAGAAGUCCUGUGGCUUGGCCAGUUAAAACUGGCCAAAAAGAAGAGGUACCAGUGAUUGAUGGUUUCUUGAAAAAGGAAAAUGUUCGCACCCCAGCAAAGACAGAUGGACUUGCAGAAACAGAUGGGAAGGUUUGCAAAACUGAGAACCACUAUAACCUUUGUAGCAGUUCUCCAGAGGCUUGUGGUAAAGACAAUGAAGUGGGAUCAGGAAAGAGUCCAGUGUGUGCCAAAAAUCAUGAAGAACCUUCUACAUCUAUGGCAAAAUUAGUUAAGAAAGUGGAUUGCCCUGUUUGUGGGGUUACUAUUCCAGAACAAUAUAUAAACAAACAUUUAGAUAGCUGCUUGGCAAGAGAAGAGAAGAAAGACAGCCUCAGAAGUUCUGGUCACAAAAGGAAGACUAUCUCGAAAGUUGUUUACAACUUACUCUCUGAUCGUGAUUUGAAGAAGAAACUAAAGGAGCAGGGGCUGUCUACCCAUGGCACCCGGCAGCAGCUCGUUAAACGGCACCAGGAAUUUGUGCACAUGUAUAAUGCGCAGUGUGAUUCUCUCAAUCCCAAAUCGGUUGCAGAGAUUGUUAAAGAGCUGGAAAAGAAUGAGAAGAUUCGAGUUCAGCUUGAAUUUAAUAAACCUGGUGAAAAUAGCUUGACCUUUACAAAAGACCAGACAGAGAAAGAAAUAGAUGAGGUCCACGCUGAUUAUCGAAAAAAACACAGAAGUGAAUUUCAAUUUUUAGUGGAUCAAGUAAAUAAUCGGUGGAAGAAGAGUGGUAAGAGGAAAACAGAAAGUGCUCAGAACACGGGAGAAGCCACUGCUGAAAAACUGCCAACAGACACAGGAGAUGAUGCUCAAAAGCAACACAUGAAUUCAGCUGUUGGAACAGACCAGAUACCCAAAACAGAAAUUGCUGAUUGCAAAAUAAGUGAAUCUAAUUCCCCGGAAGAAGGCCAGAGAUCAGUGUCUCCAACAUUCUCACAGUCGUCAGGAUCUACAAGCAGCUCCAGUUCAGACAUUUUGAGGGAUCUGCAAGGGACUGAGAUGUAUUCAGAGUCAUCUGAUAACAGUGUUUCAGACCUGCGAGUUAACAAAAAGAAGCUAUGUCGGUCCAGAAUGCCAGAAAAUGAUCAACUGCUACCUAAGAGCAAGCGGAAGAAGAGCUAGUGUCACAGUGGUGUGAGGUCUAAAACCAUGCAGAAGGCUUAAAGCUGCGCAAUACUACUUAUUUGUUCCCUCUUUUUCCAGUGUGUCUGAGCACUUAAUAAAGCGCUGAAACUUUGCACAGUUGUCAUUCAAA